AUGUUCCGUUUCGUUUCCAAUCUCGCCUCCAAGGCUAGGAUUGCAAGUUACACAAGACAGGUUUCCAGUAGAAUGAGCUGGAGCAGGAAUUACGCAGCGAAAGAGAUUAAAUUUGGGGUUGAAGCUCGUGCUUUGAUGCUUAGAGGUGUUGAAGAGCUUGCUGAUGCUGUCAGAGUCACUAUGGGUCCCAAGGGACGUAAUGUUGUGAUUGAGCAAAGUUGGGGUGCUCCUAAAGUGACUAAAGAUGGUGUCACUGUUGCCAAAAGCAUUGAGUUUAAGGAUAAAGUGAAGAACGUUGGUGCUAGUCUUGUGAAGCAAGUUGCUAAUGCUACUAAUGAUGUUGCUGGUGAUGGUACUACAUGUGCUACUGUGCUCACCAGGGCGAUAUUCACGGAAGGAUGCAAAUCAGUUGCGGCAGGAAUGAACGCUAUGGACCUGAGGAGAGGUAUUUCUAUGGCGGUUGAUGCUGUGGUGACAAAUCUUAAGAGUAGGGCUAGGAUGAUUAGUACAUCUGAAGAGAUUGCUCAGGUUGGGACCAUUUCUGCAAAUGGAGAGAGGGAGAUUGGUGAACUGAUCGCAAAGGCUAUGGAGAAGGUUGGCAAAGAAGGUGUGAUCACAAUCCAAGAUGGAAAGACAUUGAUUAACGAGUUGGAAGUUGUAGAAGGGAUGAAGUUGGAUAGAGGUUAUACAUCCCCUUACUUUAUCACCAAUCAAAAAACCCAAAAAUGUGAACUGGAAGAGCCUCUCAUUCUUAUCCAUGAAAAGAAGAUCUCCUCCAUCAACUCUAUAGUAAAAGUGUUGGAGUUGGCUAUGAAGAGACAAAGACCGCUGUUAAUUGUUUCUGAAGAUGUGGAAAGCGAAGCUCUUGCAACUCUUAUCCUUAACAAACUACGUGCCGGAAUCAAGGUUUGUGCCAUCAAGGCCCCAGGGUUUGGAGAGAACAGGAAGGCCAAUUUGCAAGACCUUGCUGCCCUUACUGGUGGAGAGGUUAUCACGGAUGAGCUCGGCAUGAAUUUAGAGAAGGUGGACUUGGGCAUGCUAGGGACAUGCAAAAGGGUUACUGUCUCCAAGGACGACACUGUUAUUCUUGAUGGGGCCGGCGACAAAACAGCCAUUGAGGAAAGAUGCGAGCAGAUUAGGUCAGCGAUUGAACUGAGCACGUCAGAUUAUGACAAGGAGAAACUGCAAGAAAGGUUGGCUAAGCUCUCUGGAGGAGUUGCUGUUUUGAAGAUUGGAGGAGCAAGUGAAGCUGAAGUUGGUGAGAAGAAAGACAGAGUAACAGAUGCUUUGAAUGCCACUAAAGCAGCUGUUGAAGAGGGUAUCUUGCCAGGUAUGUCUUCUUCAGGGAGGAACACUUUUAUCACAUAAAGCUAAAAAAUUUGCUGAAAUGUGCUGAAGAAUCAAAUCAAAACACUUGCAGGAGGAGGUGUUGCUCUUCUAUACGCAGCGAGAGAGUUGGAGAAGCUUCCAACAGCCAACUUUGACCAGAAGAUUGGUGUGCAGAUCAUUCAGAACGCUUUGAAGACUCCUGUUCACACAAUUGCUUCAAACGCUGGAGUCGAAGGUGCUGUUAUAGUUGGCAAGCUCUUGGAGCAAGAUAACACAGACCUCGGUUAUGAUGCUGCUAAAGGUAAGUUAACAACCCCUUAUGACUUCACUUUCAAUCUAUGUAAAGUUUUGUCUUUGGAUAAACUCUGGAGAAAAUAAAAAAAAUUAGGUGAAUAUGUGGAUAUGGUGAAAGCUGGUAUCAUAGAUCCUUUGAAAGUGAUCAGGACGGCUCUUGUUGAUGCUGCGAGUGUGUCAUCUCUGUUGACUACAACUGAAGCUGUGGUGGUCGAGCUUCCUAAAGAUGAAAGCGAGUCAGCUGGAGCUGGCAUGGGUGGAAUGGGAGGCAUGGACUAUUAGUUACAUCACUAAAACUUUUUUUUUUGUCUUUUUUCACUCAUCACCUUAACUUGAGAAAAGAGACGAUUCUUUCAGGAGUCCUUGUGUUUUACCUUUGUUUGCCCAAUAAUAAUAACAAUAAACAGGACAUUGCCUGUUUUGCUAUGUGGAUCUGUUACCUAAUUUAGAGUCUAC